AAAUGGCUUUCACAAUGAUCUCAGCAUAAAAAUCAAUCUACCUGUACGCGGAGUGGUACGAAGCUGGAACUUGUGAAAAAGAUGCAAACCCGGGCGUAGCAACAGCACAUUUCUGUUUGGUGAAUUGGUCAUACCGCUUUCGGGUUAGACAUGUCUCCUCGAUUCUCCCCGCCCUGGAACGGGUCCAUUGAACGUACAAACGGUGAAAGACGACAUGAGAGCUGGGGAUAGUUUUCUGCGUCGAUGAAUAUUCAAUCUUCCCUGACUGGCAUAGCCCGCCAUCCUUUCGUUAGAUACGACGAUGCGCUUGUUUGUUAUGUACUUGAAGUGCAAAUUGGUCUCGUUACUCUCAGCCCGGAAAAUAUCCAGUCGUUGCCUGGCACUUGAACGGCAAAGAAACGAAGCUCGCAAUUGCAGAAUAGAUUAUUCUGAGCAUUGUGUUUUGAGGCUUGGCGAGUUCGAAGGUUAAGUUGUUGGGCGAUUCUGCAAAAUGAACGUCUGGUUACCAUUUCUAAUGUUUUGGGUUAUCUCUUGUUCGGCGCUGGAAUCGACCAUGGAUGGAACCGAGCAUAGUGGAGCAGACAAUGGUCCAUCGAAAGGAAUACUUUCCCGAAAGAAGCGAUACGUUGUAUUUCCGGAAGGAUCCAGUUUCUCGGUGGCAGUUUGCAUGACAAUUGGAAUGUACGGCAAUCCCAACUAUCAGAUGUUCAGUUGGGCAUUAAACUGGGGCAUGGCGUACAAUUUACCGAACCAGACAGUUAGUUUCGAGCAGGAAAUGAAGGAACCGAAACCGAUUGCCCAGAGACGGUACCGACGCGAUCUGUACCAUCGCUUGGAAGUGGCUAUGAACGAUAUGGGCUAUGAUGGUCGGAACUGUGUGCUGCGUGCACUGUGUGAAAGUUCGCAAUAUUUUGGCAAGAAGGGAAGUAACAUGAUUGCUGAAAUGCUGCGUACCUUAUUUAGCUUUCCGAAGUCUAAGGUACUUUCGUUCGAACAUCACGAUACUAGAAUCUACGACGAAGCGCACCGAAAGGGUAAAAAUAAGGUCAUGUGUCAGUCGAUUUAUCCCGAGUGUAGCUUUUCGCUGUUGGAACUAGCACUGGGGAAGUACGCUAGCCCUUACAGUUUCAUGUAAUGACUAAUCUUCAUAAACAAGAUAUAAAAACACGAUGGAAAAUUCUUAAAUCAUUCAGUCAAAUGUUGAAUAGAAACAAAUAAAGGCCUAAACAGGAAUCCCACAAGUAAGUGCUAAAGACUCUGGCACUUUGAUGGAGAUGUAAUUUAGAUUUAGUAUGUUAUUACAAGUUAAAAGGUUUAUAGUUUUAAUAGUGGUCUCAUUGUAAGCAAACGGAAAAUAAGUGAAUUAUUUGUUUUAAUGGUCAUCCACACUCCCCCGCACCAAAGAGCUCACGUUCGGAGUCCCCUGGUAACGGACACAUCCAAACCUCAGCUUGAAAAAAAAUGAAAAGCUUUAUAACAAAACAAAAGACUACUGUGCGAUUUUAACAAGCUGAGGGUAUUACAAUUAACUGUUAUUACAAGUGAAGAAGGUAAUAAACUAUUGUUACAAAGCAAGAGCACCCAGUAGAAUUAAAAUAAUUUUCAACAAAAAGUAUAUCAAUUUAUUGGAGCAGAAAAAAGCCCCCUUGAGCUGACUGUUAUACCAAAAACCUCCUCAUCUUUUCGUUACGUAUUUGGAAUAAUAUGUGAAUAAAAGAAACGUUAAUGAGUGAGGA